CGCGAGCGGACAAAGGCAGCGCGCCGCGAGGUGUCUGUCUGGUUUGGUCCGAUCCAGGCGGUUGUUGCCUCUAGGUCUUCGCUGCUGCGCCGCCCUCUCUUCCUCGUCCCUCUCUCGGGUCCCGGGAGCCGCCCCCGGGGUGAGUAGCACGAGACCCCCAACUGCCUCCGCGCCCCGAGGUCCCGGCUCGUCACAUGACCCGGCGUGCGACGCCCCGGCCCCGGCCCCACGUGCGCGCUCCGGCAAGUUUCCCCCGCGAGAGGCCGGGGUAAGGAGGCGCUCAGUCCGGAGCCGGUGCACGGCGUGCCCGUUACCUGGGAGUUGCUGUCAUCGUUCCCCUUGGACGCGGCCCCAGGCCUGGCCGGACAGGUCCGCCGCCGGGAGACCUUGCAGCCAAGAGCAUCCUGCCAUUCUCCUAUGUCCAACUGCAGACACACAGAUCCAAGGAGAACAGGCCCUGCCCCGCAGGCUGCGAGGAGGAGGAGGUAACUCAGACGGGCCCUGGCCUCCUGCUUUUGCUAGAGACGAUGACUUAGAGGUUGAGGUGGCUCUGCCCUGCACUGCAGUGACAGUUCAAACACCAUUCUCUUCCAUGGAUCCCGGGAAAGAGAAGGAGCUGGGGCAGCUAUCCAGGUGUUGCCCUAAACACCUUGGAGGGGGAGAAGGUGGCUCGAUGACCGUGAAGGCUGGCAGGAGGCGCCACUGCGGAGCUGCAGCCGACGCAGUGGGAGACAGCAUGGCGAGCAAGGUGAUAGAAGACGAGAAGCAAUUCUACUCCAAGGCCAAGGCGUACUGGAAGGACGUCCCCCCGACGGUGGACGGCAUGCUUGGGGGGUACGGCCACAUCUCCAGCAUCGACAUCAACAGCUCCCGGAAGUUCCUGCAGAGGUUUCUGAGGGAAGGCCCCAACCCGACGGGGACCUCCUGCGCCCUGGACUGCGGCGCCGGCAUUGGCAGGAUCACCAAGCGGCUGCUCCUGCCGCUCUUCCGGGCGGUGGACAUGGUGGACGUGACGGAGGACUUUCUGGCGAAAGCGAAGACCUACCUGGGUGAGGAGGGCAAGAGGGUGAGGAACUACUUCUGCUGUGGCCUCCAGGACUUCAGCCCGGAGCCCAACUCCUACGACGUCAUCUGGAUCCAGUGGGUGAUAGGCCACCUGACCGAUCAGCACCUGGCCGAGUUCCUGCGGCGCUGCCAGCAGGGCCUGCGCCCCAACGGCAUCAUCGUCAUCAAAGACAACAUGGCCCAGGAGGGCGUGAUCCUGGACGAUGUGGACAGCAGCGUGUGCCGGGACCUCGAGGUGGUCCACGGCAUCGUCCGCAGCGCCGGCCUCAGCCUCCUCGCCCAGGAGCGGCAGGAGAACCUCCCCGACGAGAUCUACCACGUCUACAGCUUGGCCCUGAGAUGAGCGGGGCCGCAGGGCAAGAGGGGCCGGCGGGGGCGGACAGCUGGCAGCCAGGUGCCAUCAGAGGCUCACGCCGACGGUUCGCAGGAGCUGAGUGAGGCCAGUAAAUGCACCUGCCUGCCAUCCACUGGCCACACAGGCUUUUUAACCACAGGACCCACCGGGAGGAGUGCCAUCCAAUGGGCAGAGGCAGGCGCCUGGCUCCGCUGCCCCCGGGGGGGCCUGGGCAGUGCGGGUCUGUGGGGUGUGGCGACCCAUCAGAGCGGAGACUCCUGGUCUCCACCACCAGCCACAGGCCUGGCGGCCUUAAGAGGAAGAGAACCCUGACCCCGGCUGAGGACACGACCUCUGGGGAGAGGCGCGGCCGCUGUAUCACAGCUGGUGGCAGGUUCCUGUUCCAAGUCCUCUGGUGAUGGGCCCUGGUGUCCCUAACGUGGAGGUCAUAGCAGCCUGCAGCCGGCAGAGGCCCACGGCUCACUUUUGGCCGUGCCUUGUGGUUCCUCCUUGGCGGAUGUUUCCAGUCAGAAAUAAAAAGGGUGAAUCCCUAUGUUGGAAGGCC